AUGUCGAAUCGCGAAGCCGUCGACAGCGGAGGCGAUAUCAGGAUGAGAGAAAUACAAGCAAGUAUCGCAGAAGGAAAAAUGAUGCUUCAUGUCUUGAAAUCCUUGCCAUCUUCUGAGGUGACUUUGUCCACGGAUGAUUUUAUUUUUCAGAAUAACGAUGCAUUCAUUCUCCGUUUCGAAGAACUUGUUUCGAGACUUGAAAACUACCGAACGCAACUGAACAACACCUCUGUGAGUUUCACUGGUUUGAAUGAAUGCAUGCAGAAUGCGGUGGACGUUCAUUCAUUCAUUGAAAUUAUUAAAGAACGGCAAGAAAAGAUCGCACAUUUGUUUGCUCAAACUGCAAAACGCUUUCAGCAAGCUUCUGAGUCCGUACCUGCGACAAACACAGAAUCCGUUUCGAUGUGCUCGGGCUCACCUCCGACUCUGUCCCAAUCGGCUAGCUCGGCUCCACCAACGAAGAUUGAGAAUUCAUUUAAUAGUACCACUCCGGCCACUUCAAAUUGUGCAUCUGCAGACGUAUCGCUUCCUUCAUUGAAGAAGUCUGCGCAUUUUUCGUUCGAGUUGGAUCGGCUGACGGCUUUUACUGAAGACGCCAAACGUUUCGAAGGCAUGACUGGUAGACUCGUUGAUAUCACCGGGCGCGCACACUUGACGGAGGCAACGGAAUUCCUUUGCGAAAUUCGCGCCCGAUUCAUUGAGCUUCAAAGAAGUUUCUCUUCCCUACGCGAAACCUAUGAAAGCUACCAUCCAGUCGCACCUGGAGUCAGCGAACCUGGUGCCCGAGUGCGUAAACGUGGAACACGUCACCCAGAUUUUCCGGUUGUGGAUGAACUCACUAAAAACCGUUUGCUCACCCGUCACGAAGAGUUGCCGGAGAAUCUGGACAAGCACUUCGAAUUCUAUCAUCGUCGAAUGGAUGGGCCGAUAAAACGCUUUGUUGAUUCGCAUGAUCCCGCUGCUGUGAUAACGGUGAAUGGAGCGUUGUCUCCAUCCAACCUGUUGCAAGCAGUGCUUGUUCGUUUCGCAAUAAUGGCACGACAUCCCGGUGUACCGACUUCGAUACUCUUCCCAGAAGACGGCGUCCCCGAUGAACAAGACAUCGUGGACACCUGCCAGUGUCAGUGCGGUGACAAGCAGGGCUUCUCUGAGUUGAGCCGUGACCUGUGGAGCGACCGUGUACCUCAUGUGCUGAUCCUGGGCAAUUCAUGUUGCGGUAAAACUACGUUGGCAAAACGGUUGUACUAA